CAUCUUUCUUCGUGUGUGACGACAAACCGGAAUAAGGAAGGACGAAAUUAAAUGAGCGAUCUUUCCUCUCUAUGCCAAGAAACGCGCAGUAGCCGCUUCCUGAAUGAACCACACAGCCCAGAUAUUAUAUUUACCGUUAAAACAGCUCGUUAAUCCUGCAGCCGUCAGACAGACUGUUUGGUGGAGAUGUUGUCCAUCAGAGGAGGAUCCUGGAUGUUUACUACAGCUGCUGUAGUGACUCUGUUCCUGCUGGACGCUGUUGUUUUGACUCAGGCGAAGAGCUUUGAGGAUGUCCGCUGCAAGUGUAUCUGCCCUCCGUAUAGAAACAUCACCGGACACAUCUAUAACAGAAAUGUCUCCCAGAAAGAUUGUAACUGCCUCCAUGUAGUGGAGCCUAUGCCUGUUCCUGGCCAUGAUGUGGAAGCUUACUGUCUGCUGUGUGAGUGCAAGUAUGAGGAACGAAGCAGCAACACCAUCAAGGUAACCAUCAUCAUUUACUUGUCUGUGGUGGGUGCACUGCUGCUCUACAUGCUGUUCCUGCUCCUGGUUGAUCCCCUCAUUCGCAAACACGACCCCUACACCCAGCCGCUGCACAACGAGGAGGACUCUGAGGUCCAGGAGAUGCGUCCGCAGGCAGACAGCAGUCAGGCCCGAGGAAACACAGUGCUGGAGAGGGUGGAGGGAGCUCAGCAGCGCUGGAAGAAGCAGGUUCAGGAGCAGCGCAAGACUGUUUUUGAUCGCCACAAGAUGCUGAGUUAAGCCCUUCAUCAAACCGGGUUUAGAGAAGGUGACCCUCCUGGGCUCAACGCUAAAACACCGUCACCAGCUGCACUGUUACAGAUCUCUUUGUCUUUGCUGUGCACUGCACCUCCUCAGUUAGUCUUUCCACACCAAGAAACAUUUAAACACACUGUUCUAACAAGCAGAUAUUUAAUAUUUAUUCAUUUACUAUAUGUAACAACUUAAGCUGAGUUGCAGUUGUAGAAAUAAACUGCAUGUUUUGCUUAAAGGCUGGAGAUCUUCAGUCAUUUUCAGCAAUUUGUAACAACGGAUCUGGAAUGUAUUAUUUAAGAACUUUUUAAAUGUAUUUUGCAUUGGCUGUUAAUUGCUUCUAAGCUUCCUCAUGAUCAUUUUUCAGUUACUUAUUAUUAUGAAGCAGUUUUUUGUAGCGUAAUUUAUAACCACAGAAACAGAAAAUUAGGGUGAUGUACUUUACACUAUUGCCAAGCAUUGCAUACUUCCUAGUUUAGCACCAAUAAUUUGUUGCUAUGUAAAUCUGGUCAUAUUUAGUUUUGGGUAAUUAGCAUUUGUUUUUUGUUUAGUUUUUUAAAAUCUUUGCCAUUACAGUGGUCCCUCGUCUAAUGUGAGACAAAAAUCUGCGAAGUAGCGAACAUAUUUAUUAUUUAUAUAUAUUUUAAGGCUUUAUAAACCCUCCCCACACUCUUAGAAACAUUUCCCCACUGUUGUUAACCUUUCUUAUAAACACUUCCUAUGCUCUUACACACUUUCUACACUCUUAAACCUACGUAAUUUUAACAACAUAUAAUAUUCUAUACGGGUUCUCACCAGUGAAUAUACUACAACUUAUAUGAUGAAGAUGAUGAUGAAUUAGCUGUGCAUUACUGAUGACUAUGAGGUGAAUGUACUGCACAGUGGGAAUGGACAAGGUGAGAUGCUGAAUGCUGCUGUACACGGGAGACGGAUGAGAUGGAUGAGACUGAUGCUGCGGUCGCUGAGCCAAUCAGCGCCCAGCGUUGUACGCUAUUCUUUUAAUAUGCUUUAAUUAUUUUUUGUUGUUUUCAUUUUUUUAGGCUAGCAAAUGCUUAUUUUACCGCAAAAAUAAUUAAAAUGCUAAAUGUAUAAAAAUACCUACAUGAUACCAAAUACAAUUUAGAAAUCUGUGAUACAGUGAGGCCGGUAAAGUUAACCGCGAUAUGGCGAGGGACCACUGUACUAACUUCUAGAUCGCCCCAAACUGUGCCUUUUUCUGUCUCUCUCUUUGUGUGGGAAAAUGAGUUUCACCAAACAAAAAUGGGAAAUGUGUCUCUUAAAGAAUAGCAGCUUGUGAAACGGAACAGAUGAUGAGUUGAAUUUGUGUUAAUCGAAUCUUUUAUUGUGAAUUCAACAGUGAAAGUUAACGAUAAAUGAAAUAAGGCCACAUUUAUGUCCUCGAUUUUACUGCACGGUUUAAUGUGACAUACUUUCCAUGCAGAGAGAGAAACGAGGAACGGGGCCAUUUAACAGAGCUUUAAAACCAUCCUCGGAUGAAUUUAAGCUCUGCCAUUGGAGAAUGUCCUGAAUCAGUAAAGCUGCUGAUAAUGCACUUCAGGAAGCCUCGUGGCUGUGAAGAGCAUCACUGUGUCAGUGGAUUCCCCUCGUAUCCGACUACUGAAGCUCCCUGUAAGGGAAAGUAUAGUAGAAGAAAGAUACACUGACUCACAUUACCUCAUGCACUAUGUGAACUGCUGGAUUUUAUUCAUCUGGAAUUUUUGCUUUGUCAUUAAAGUGUUUUUUUGAUUGGUAAUUUAAGUGUUUCAUAUCACCGCUAUCAGUAUUUUCUAUGUAUAUUCAUCUCCAGCCCGACUGGAGCGUUGCACUGCUCAUGUCAGUACGUUUAGCUUGAUGUGAAAUAAAAAGAAAAUACUCUGGA